AUGGUCAACAGAGGGCGCCAUUUGUCUAUGGCUUGGCCAAAUUCCAAUCAGUAACCCUGUCUUGCCUGUUCUUUGUUGCUUCGCAGUUAGUAAACAAUUCCAAUUUUCCGCGAGACUUUAGAUAAUCUGUGAGCCUGAAGUUCAGAAGUUCGUUGUUUCCAAGUCUACAACACGAAAGGCAGCAGAAGACAGACUAGUGUGAGUAAAAUGCCCACUAUUGAAGACGUUGAUCUCGAGGAAUCAUUUUAUACAGAGGAUUCCUUUUCUGAUCUUUCUGAAGAGGAACUGUGGGUAGAAUCAAGGGAAUCAGGUGUAAGCCCACUGUCAGUGCGCCCUAAGAGUGCCCCAAGGGGCACACCAAGGAAGGCAGGAUCCAAAAAACCACAAUCGCCAUACCAACAGAGGCCAUCAUCAUCAAAACACAGAGGCAAGCAUUUGACUGUAUCCUGCAGUGGUACUCAACAAUCCUCCAGGGAGUUGUGGUUGCAGAGCCUUCGCCUUGGUACAGGAAAUUUAACAGGUAGUGGUAGGAGCAGCAACUACGCUGGCCAAGCUGGAACUACCAAAGCAGGCCUUGAUAGCUGUAGUGAUUACCUGAAAGAGACUGUGUUGGGCAUGACAUCACGAAGACAUCAACGAGGCAACACAAUGGAAGAACCACUGAAUAGGAACUCCAAGGGUGUUCCCAACUACAAGCCCCAGGAGGACAUGUAUGAUGAUAUCUUGGAGCUAAAAAAGCAAAAUAACAUCUUGAGGGCAGAAAGUGAGCGGGUGAAGGCUCGGAAUCGGCGAUUGGAAGAUGAGCACCUCAAGAAAGAAAGAACAAUUGAGCAACUUUUGGAUCCAUCAAAGGGUGAUGUUAGAAUGACUUUGACAAGCAAGCAACCAGACACUGCAGCAGUAAGUACUGAAAAGACAGUCCCCAAGAUAACAGUGUUGAAAAUGAACAGCCUAAAGCAGAAAGUAGUCAAGCUGGAGAUGGUUCUGAAAGACAGGGAAGCAGAACUUAGCAACUUGAAGAGCGACUUGAAAACAACAAAGAUUGAUGAGAUGAGAGUUGGCAUGGAAGCAUUUUAUCAAGAGGUCCAGAGGUUAAGAUAUCUGCAGUCACAAGGACUCAGAGAAAAUGGCAGGUCUCCCUCGAGGACCAGCAUAGCAGAAAAAGAGCCCAGUGGCACAGCCAAACUGAAGGCUCUGAAUGCCACCAUCCUGAGAUUGACAGAGAGCAAUCAGCGACUGCAAAGUGAGAACAAACUGCUGAAGCAGGACCUGGAGAGGGCACUAGAUGAGGCCAUGUCAGACAUGGGUGAUACACCUCGGGCUAAGAAAAGAAGAGAUAGAAAGAGAGAUUAUGAAGACAUGAACAGGAAAGAGCUGCUCACUGCAAUAGUUGACUUAGAAGAUAAUGUCGCUAAACUAGAAGGGAAGACUGCUUCCACCUCCACUCGCCCCUCGGACAUACCUGAAAAAAUUGAAUUGACUGGGACCUUGGCAGACCGGCUAGACCAGUUAGACAAGCGGGAGACAGAACUCCUUGAGCAGAAGACUAAGCUUGAAAGAGACUGCAAGAGACUGAAGGAAGACAAGGCUAAUCUCAGGCAGAGAGUGGAUGAAAUGGAAGACGAGGUGCAAAUCUUGAAGAAAGAGCUUUCUGAGGUCACAGCCAGAGACAACGACCGACGCCGCUCCCUGCAGCGGCACCCUAGUUCUGAAGCAGUGCGUCGCUCGAGCAGUGCACGUUCCCUGAAGCAACAGCAGCAAGAGGAAGAAUGGCUGAAGGAACGGGACCGCAAAGUUGAAGAGUUCCGCAAGAACCGCUCAGCUCGUAACAUCCAGAAGAACUGGAAAAUGCAUCACAAGAAGGCUUUGGAAGAGCAGGAAGUGGAUGAUGCUGCUGUGAUGAUCCAGUCUGCCAUGCGAGGCCACAUGAGCCGAAAGGAGCAUAUGAAGCAGCAAGAUGCAAACAGUCGCCGUAAUGACUGGAGUGUGUACAGCGAUGAGGAGGAUGAUAGCGAGAUGGAUGAAGCAGCAUUAACCAUCCAAUCAGCUAUCCGGGGUCACAUGUCCCGCAGGGACUAUAUGAAGAAAACGAGUGAAGAUAAUUCGCUGUCUGGAAAAGAAGGGCGUAAGUCAUCCAGGUCACAUUCGGGGUCACAACACAGCAGAAACAACGGCAAUACCUCUUCAAGGGCAGGGUCAGAGAUAGAGGAGGACAUAGUAGAUUCAGAUGAUGACAGCAUCGUGGUUGGGGGCAGCACUGCCAACCUCAGGAUGCCAACUAAUCAGGGCUCAAGACCUACAUCAGCUCGGAAAGAUCGAGAGAGUCCAGUAAUGGCACGUGGCAGUCAUACUACACCACGGAGUAGCCGAGCUGGCAGUCGAUCCAGCACACCAAGGAUUGCUCGCAGUGUCACAGAUGAUGAUGAUGAUUUUGUCAUGGGUGGUAAAUAAGAGACAUAGUAGAGUAUGUAUUUUAAAGUGUACUCUGAGAUUACCAGUUGACUGACUGUGUAUAGUUGACUUUGAUAUGGGGUACAAUGUUUUUGGACCCUUAGACAAACCAUGGCUGCUGGGGGAGGGGGCUGACAUAUCAUUGAACCUUAGACAAACCCAAGGGUGCGAGGUGUCCCUAGAGGUGUUCAAACAUCAUGGCCUACAUUGCAGCAGUCAAUAAUUGUUAUACCUGUCUAGAAUACUUUUCCUCACCCGUAUGUCUCAAAUUGAAUUGAAAUGACAAGUGUCACAGUUGUUUGAGGCAUGCGGACUUGGUGCAUCGCCAUAUCAAUUUUGAUGUGUUGGUUGCAUGUGUCCUGCUCAAAAGCAAUAUCUUUACAUUUGAAAAACUUUUUUUUUAGGAAAAUUACCUGUUUCUUAAUGCUCAUCAGACAUUAUUCAGAACUUGAACAAAGAAUCAAUCAACAGUUUAGUAUAUCAAAAUGUCACUUGACUACUCCAACAAGAGUUUAUUGUCGUCAAUCGUACCAUGAAUUUUUUAAAGAGCAGAGUUCUCAUUGAAUCAGGCAUGCAACUUUCCCUCAGAUCGGCGGAUUUCCUUGUUUUUUUACUUCAAACUCAUGCCAUUGAAUGUUGAAAAACACUGUAUAAAGUCUGGUAAAGACGGAAAUGUCCUCAUUUUUUGGCAUUUUAUGAAAAGGGCAUUCAUUUUGGUUUGAUUUUUGGGCUUUUUUGCAAUUCUGUGAAAGAGGCAUUACUUCCUUUGGGGCUGAUACAUCAUCAGACCGGAAGUUAUGUUAAAAAGUCUUUAUUUUUCAAAAUUUCCUAAAAAAAAUCAACCGUGAGAGCUAACAGCGUGAAAUGUCCAUUAGAUAGCAGAUUAGAGUCCAUUACACGAAGUGCAUAACUGGUCAACUUGUUGACACAAAUGAAGCGUUGAUGACAAAACACGCAAUAUUUGCGUACCAAAAUCCCAUUUUUACAUAUACUCUGUGUAGUGGCUUUUAUGCAGUGGAACCCUUACAUCUGCUUAUAACAAAGACAUUGCACAGUGCAUAUACAUACUCCGGGCAGUGGCUGGCUCCUUGCCAAACUGUGCGCUGCUGUCAGAUCACUUUGUGUGUAUACAACGCCCAAAGACAAAAAUGUUUUAAAUCUGAUAAAACUUAUUCUGUGCUAUUUCUUAAUGAACACAGUGUGACUUGUAUUGUACAUAUCCCAUUGGGUUAAAAUCCUUGCAGGUUGCUUGGAAGGAAUGUGUUAUACUCAUUCAUGAACCUUAAGUACACAAUCAUGAUGUGAAGAGGUGACAAAUAACGUGACAUUCAAGGUGCACUCUUCAAAGCGUUAUAUCACAUGAACUACAUGUCUGAUUGGAUUCAAACCUUCCAGACAUCUUAGAAGGGGAGUACUUUAGACAAAAAUUCACCUCAUGUGAUGAUGACGUCAUCAGGGCACAAGUCAGGUGACAUUAAAGGUGCACUCUUUACAGCCCGAAAUCUCCUGAAGUACAUGUCCCAUUGGUUUGAAACUUCACAGAUAACUAGAAAGGGAAGUGCUAUAGACAGAUAUUGAAAUGAUGUGAUGAUGACAUAAUCAGGAGACAAGUCAAGGAUAUUAAAGGUGCACUCUUUAUAGCCCUCUAUCUCCUGAAGUACACGUCCCAUCGGGUUGAAACUUUGCAAGUAACUACAAAAGGAAGUUUGAUUGACGAAAAUUGACCUGAUGUGAUGACGUAGUUGUUCAAAUUUACAAAAGAAUGCGAAAAAGCCCUCUGUUCUGUUGGCAAACAGACAGAUAAGCUCUAGUUUCUUCCUCAUCUGACCAAAGCCCCAUUCAAUUUGUGCACGAUUUUUCUACCCAUGCCUUUGGUCCCUUUGCAAAUUUGGAUCGUCAUCGAACUUUGACCAGUGACGAACCUCAGUGCAAAGAUGUGCAUAGAACAAUAACAUCAUGAUGACGUCAUCAAGGGAUUUUUUAUUGAUAUAUUAAUAUAUUUUUUCAGCCCAUUGAUGUUGUACACGUCUUCAAGACACAAUAUUGAUAACUUGGUAAUGGUUGAUCAUCAUCUAAGUUACACCAAGCACAGACCUUAAAGCAAGCAUAGGCCGUGUCCAAAACGGGCUUCCAGAGCUACGGCUAGGUCUAUUGUCUCUGUGUUCCCACAUAUUUCCAUUGGAGAGAAGACUUGGACCUAGCUCUAGACGAGAUUUGGAUGCUGCCAUGGUACAAAAAUAAUGACGUUGUGAUGACAUCAUCAAGUGAAUUAUUAGCGAAUUUUGAACAUUUAAAUAUUAUGUUACAUUUUUUAAAAUCCAUAUGAAAUCAACCAUAGCCUCCCACAACAUUCUGUUUGCCGCAAGUGACAGCGUAAAAUUUGCUCUUCUAUUUAUCUUGUGUGGGUCAAAUCAUGUGACAUUUCCAUCUGGUCGAAACCAGAAGUGGGCGUAUUGUUUGAAAGUGGUAAUAGGUAUCAACUUGUUUUCAACGGUGUUAGUUGGUGGGGGUAUAGUAUUCUUCAAAACAUCCACAAAUGACUUCACAGAAUUGUUUAAUGCCCUCUAGCGACAGGUUGAAAAUUCUGAAAAAUGAACUUUGAAUAGAUGUCUGUGGCAAAGCUAGUUGGGAUCAGCUGAAAAUUGAUGUAUAUAAUGAUCUUUUCCCAGUGAAUACAUGUGUGAAAGUUGGGGCCGAUGACGUCAUCAGAAGUUAUAAAGUCUUUUUAUUCUUCAAAAUUCCCUAAAAAAUCAACCGUAAAAGGUAGAAGUGUUAAUUGCCAUUAAUAUGAUAGCUUAAACAUUAAAGUCUAUUGCAGUAGGUGCAUAACUGGUCUACUUGUUCACACAGAUGAAGCGCCGACAACAAAAAUGUAUUUCGCUAUAUUUUCAUACUCGAAAAUCCAAUUUGUACAUAUACACUGUGUUACAAUGUUACAUUAAAUGUGCACUCUUGGAAUCACUAUCUCUCCUGAAGUGCAUGUCUUUUGGUUAAAACCUGUACAUGUAAGUAUAUGAAUCUCGAUAUUUUAAAGCAGUUAGUGAUAUGCCAACAAGGCACUUUUCUUCAGAACAACAAAAGGCGAAAAAACCCAUGUGAAGAAAAAAGAUCCUUGUGACAGACACACAACCUCUAGUUUUUUCCUAUUUUGUUUUUUAAAUCAAAGUUGCAUGCCUGUUCAAUAGGCUGGUUGGCAGUCCCCAAAUUAUGUUUUAGACUGUGGGUUGGGGAAUCAUCUGAUUUCUCGAUAUGGUGUGAUGGCCAACAGUGAGGAUGACAUGUUUUGUUGCCCAGUCAUGAGAUCAAACUGGGCCAAUGAAAAUUAAGUAUUAAAGACAGAUGUAUAAGAAGACGAAAUUGGUUGUAAGUCAAGUUCUUUGACCCGUAUGUACAACAGCCAACACAUUUACAAACAUCAAUAAAAGUGUUCAUAAGCUGACGCUGACACUUCUGUCACAAAAUGGUACAGCAUACAGUACAUGCUGUUACUUAGGAAAUAGUUUUGACAGAAUAAAGAGAUUUUGUUGUUUCUCAGGCCUUAUUAUUUUUAGAAUAUUUAGGAAUAUUGAGUUUUUAUAUAAAUCCGGGAGACAAUUGUUUUGGAACUUUGGUUAAGACCCAAUGGGAGGUGCUUGAUAAAACAACACUUGUUGAACUGUAUAAAAGAGUGGUGUCAUGAGGAAUCAAGAUUGUGUGUUUGGUUGUAAAUCCUUGAUCUCUUGAUUAACAAUAGAAAAGAGCCACAACUACAUUCAUACAUGGAACAGAGCUUUGCCCUCUGCGUUGGCUUCGUUCAAUUGAAGUUUGAUAAAAGAUUUUCUGCUGAGCAUAAAAGGGUUUAUUUUGCCGAUUUAGGUUUUUUAAAACAUUUGUGAUGUGUGUAGGUAACAUCCGAGUCUCUUCCAUUAGGCAACAGACCCAUGGCUCCAAAACAGUUUGAUAUGUGUGAGCAUGGAUAUUUUAGGUGACCCCAUGCACUAGCAAAUAAAAAAGGAUGAAGUCAUUUUAAGCUGAAAUCUGCUAAAAGUUGAUUGGUCAGUCGUCAGCUGAUUGUACUUAUAGUGAGACAACCAAAUCAACUGACCAGUUUGAGGCAGUCUACACAGAAAUUGUGUCUAGGAGUGUUUCAUGUAGGCCCAACCAAUCUGCAUGUAUAUUGUUGAUGUGCCCCAACAUGGUGCAGCCCCUAUUGUGGUGCACUUUCAUUUUUCACUUCUUGUGUGAGCAAUAUUUUAGCUCAAAUUUCACUAUUAGUGAAACUUCAUUAAAGUCCUAAUAUUCUGAUUCAUACAUAUCAAUUUUACGUGCUACAAAGUUUGGAUGAAAUUUUAUUUUUGCCCGAUUUUCAGAUUUUUCUGAGUGGCGAAAUGAACUCUUUUAAAAUGUGCCCCAAAGUAGGGAAAGAAUUUUCUGACAAACUUGAUGGGUGUUUGGGUGGAAUAAUGAUGGUUUACAAGAAUUUAUAAAUUUCAAAAAAUUUUGAAAACGUUUUUGUUGGAUUUUCUGAGAUUUUUUAAGUGUGCCAUGUUAGGGAACACUCAACUGAAUUCAAGCCAAAUUUCUGGAUGUUGAUAGUUUUAGAUUUCAAAUGAAAUUUCAUGACACUGAAAUCGUUCACGGAGUUUCAACACCAUGCAUUAUGGAGGUAUAAGAGUACCAGUUUUGAAUCAAAUGAGUUUGGAGUUUUUCAAGAAAGAAGUUUGUGAGGAAAGUCAAAUGAACGUAAACUGCCAUGUACGAUGGUCAAGUACCUGAGGGUAAAGUACAUGUAUUCGAAAAUCCAAGUAAAAAUAAUGGGGUAUGAGCCAGGUACAAUUAAUUUUUGUGUACUGAUAAUCAAGUACACGCUGAGUGCUCAGGUGUACUCAAGUACGAGUAUUCCAUCACUGGGGCCAGGGCCAUGAGGUUGUGUGAUAUUUUUGCUUGUUCACAUUUUGAUAUUCUUUGCAAGAAAAGAUACCUCAACUUAUUCUCAGCCGAGCUUGUUAAAAUAUCAUUCUGUCCGUUGGUAAAUCCAAUUUGAUCAACUAGUGAACUCUAAAAGGUAUUAUUAUAGUAACCGUUUGAACAAUACUUAUUUGUAUAUUUCAGCAAUAAUUAUGUGUGAAUGUGGUGUUAUAGCUAGGGAGAAUUCAAAAUGGAUUAUGGCUAGAAUCAAAAGUCUGAUUACAAAUGUGCCUUCAAAUUGUAAAUACUAGAAUUCCAUGGUGUUGAUUUUGACAUAAGUAUUGAAUAAAGCAAACAGUGUAUCGUGUGUGGUUACUUGGAAUUUUCCCCCACCCCUGGCAAAUUAAUGUAGUCUCUAGAUUUUUUUCUCCAAUGUUGUACAUUAAACAUUGUUGUCUUCAUUGGUUUACUUUAUUUUACAAACACACCACCCUGUCUUUUGCAUCAUCCAUGCCAUGUAAUAUAAAAAGAAAUACCUUGGUUCGUUUUUGUCUUUCCAGCAGCCUUCUUGCACUGCAGUUUAGGGUUAUGGCCAACUCUAUAGAGUUAUUCACAAGUACUUAUUCAUGUCCCAGUGAACAUGUAUACAUGCUUUGAGUUUCCAUUUGUGCUUUCAAUCACAACCAGCUUCAGUAUGUUCAGGAUACAUUGUAUCUACAUGUUUGUGUAUCCAAUCAGUGCACACAAAACACAACAGGAAAAUAUCAAACUUGAGCAAUGUAAGAAUACUGUCAAAUGAAUCAGCUUAAGUGAUUUUGCUGGUUCAUCAUGACAGUCAUCUCAAAGGUAGUUCUGACAUUAGUCUGUAUCAAUCAUAAUGUGCAGUGUAUGCUUCAUCUUGUAAAGAGGAGUGUUGAAUGCCAGAGUUGCUGAGCAGUGUGUAUAGUUUUUGCAGAAGAUUUUGACACCUUUGUACUGUUCAGGUUUAGUAAUGUUACGCAACUAAAUGCAAAAACUUAUAAAUUUACAGCUUUUGUAGUAUCUACUUUAUUUGGUUCAAGGCCUUUUUGUUUUGUUUUUGAUGUGCAAUCUUUAGCUGGAAAAUCAUCUGCCAAAAAGGGUUGCUAUUAUUGCUAUCACAAUCAGUAAUGCCCUGUUUCGUUAGAUGAGCUGCAGGAAGGUAAUUGCAUACCAAAAAUUACAAUACUGUAAUCAUGGACUAAGUACAGUGUACUGUAGGAUCUGUAUGCUUGUCACAAAGUCGGAUGAUGGUACACAGUAGGUGGCUUUUUAUAUCCCUCUCACUACAUUAGACGAAGAAUUUAUAGCUGUGGAAACUGAUGUGUUAACCUUUCAUUGGUCUUUAUAUUGCUUGGCAUCCAUUCUGCCUGUAUGUGGGCCUUGAUAAGUUACUGCCAAUGUCACCACAUUGUAAACAUGUGCAUGUGGGCAUCCAACACAGCUGCUCACCACUCACGGUGCACAAGAUUUUGAUUGUAUUAGGUUUUUGAUAAUGACAAAUAGAGUCCUUUGAAAGCAGGGCUUAAAGAUGUUUAAAAUUUCAGUUUUUUUAAGUGGUAAGCACAUUCACGUUAACAGUGUGAUGACAUGUUGCAGUGAUUUAUCAGAGCCCACAUACAUGUACAUUUCCAGAGCUUGGGGUAUUAAAAAUGUGGCCAUCCAAUGAAAGGUGGCCAAGUCCAGUUUUAAACAGAGAAGUCAGUACAUUGUACUACUCAAACCACUAACAUUGAAGCUUAAAAUCCUUCUGUUUGAAAUGCCACAUGCAAAAAGAGCAAAACUUGGCUUUUCUUUCUAUAGGAAAAGAAUAUGCAAGAAAUAUGGGUGGUGUCGUUCUAAUUUCUUUGUUUCAUUUUGCAAGAAUGGAAUAAAAAUGUGUAACCAGGUCAAGUUCUCA